CACCCUGCUGGGGUGUCAUUCCAGGAGACACGGGGGGUGUUCCGGAAUGAAACCUCCUCUGACACUUUGCCACCUACGUGGAAAGGCCGCGGUGUAGAAUGGGAGGUUGAUAAUGUCGCCGAGAGGCACUAUGCGGGUUCCCGCCCACCGCAGGGAGAGCGUAGCCGGGUCUCUCCUCCCGCCAGCGCCGGCAGGGUCUCCGUGCGGGCAGGAAGGACAGGCAGCUGCAGCAGGGCUGUGCGAAACCCUUGGGGGACACCUCAGGGCUCACCAGGUUUUAGCGCAGCUCACGAGACACCCUGGGGUGACACGAGGACACUGGCAGGUGGCAGGUGCCUAGUCCCACAGAAGGACUGGUGACUCCUGGAGGUGACUGCACUGCUGCAGGAGUGACCCCGUAGGGAGCACGCUGUUCUGCUGGCACUGUCACUGCUCGGCACUGCUGGGGGUGGCUCAGGCCCAUCGUCGCCCUCACACACAGCCGAGAACUCAAGAGGGCUCCUGCUCCCCCCUCUUGCACCCCUUGUUUUUCGCUGGUGCUUGAUACAAGAUUACCCAGGUGGGUCCCCACAGACGCAAGUGGGCUCUGUGCCCCCCCCGAUUGUGGUUUCACCGCGGGCCACGGCUGGCGCGGAGCCGCGGCGUCGCCGGCGGCAGCGCAGGUGCCGGGAGGCGCGUGCGGUCGCUGGCGAGGCCGGGAGCCCCGGGCGGUGACCGCCUCCUUCCUGCGCUGGCGGCGAGGCGAGCGCGGGGCCACGGCUGCGGCAGCAGCGCCAUGUGCCAGCGCCGCGGCGAGGGACCGGGCAGCUGGCAGCUGGCAGCGCCGCGGAGAGCCGGGGGCUGCUGCCACCCGCCGCGGGGGCUCCGAGCAGCCGGGAGGGGAGCGCCCCGAGGGAGGGGGCUUUGGGCUUUGCAGGUGCCAGACCACGAGGUGGGCCCGCGUACGCUCUUGCUAGGAUGUGGGCUGCAGCCCGUGAUGCCCAUCAGGGUGGCUCUCGGCAGGCUGCAGCAGCACGUCGGAGGCCCGGGGGAUGCAGGAGGGGCCCCCGCAGGGCAGGUGCUGUGGGGGGGCUGUCUCCCCCCGGGCACAUCCGGGUGCCAGCCCCCUGUGGCGAGGUGUGUGACGGCAGAAGCGCAGGCGAGGCUCAUAUUUGGGCACGGAGCAGGUUAUUGGAGGCCGCGGCCCCGCCGCCGGGAGAUGAGGCGCCUGAUAAAGGCUGCUGCCCCGGUGCUGCUGCGCGCAGGGGCUCGGGCGCUGGCGAGAGGUGGCCCGGCUGCGCGGGCUCGGGGCCGGUGGCCAUGGGGCCGCUGCUGGCGCUGGGGCUGCUCGUGUGCGUGCGGCUGUGUGCGGGUGAGUGUCGGGCGGGCGGGAGCGGGGCCCGGGCGGCGGCGGGCCCGGCUCAGCAGCCUCCGUGCCGCAGGCUCCGGGCAGCUGCGUCUGGUGGGCGGCGGCGGGCGCUGUGCCGGGCGCGUGGAGGUGAAGCACGGCGGGGAGUGGGGCUCCGUGUGCGUCUUCGACUUCGACUGGGAAGCUCGCUGGGCCGCGGUGGUGUGCCGGCAGCUGGGCUGCGGCCGGGUGGCCAGGGCGUCCCUGCACGCCCCGUUCGGGCAGGGCAGCGGGCGGAUCUGGCUGCAGCCCUUCUGCAAUGGCACCGAGGAUGAGCUGGAGCAGUGUCCGCACGUCGGAUGGGGACGGCAUUUCUGCGGCCACGAGUGGGAUGUGGGGGUGACCUGCACAGAUGCCGUGGAGCUGAGGCUGGCGGGCGGCGGCAGUCCCUGUGCCGGGAGGGUGGAGGUGAAGCUGCAGGGACACUGGGGCUCGGUGGCAGACGACAGCUGGGACAUGGAGGACGCCGAGGUGGUUUGCCAGCAGCUGGGCUGUGGCUCGGCUUCCCGGGCCUACUCCAUCCUCAAGCCCUUUGGCGCAGGGGACGGGCUGGUCAGCCUGGCCCUGGUGGACUGCAGUGGAGACGAGGCCACGCUCUGGGACUGCAAGAUCCGUGGCUGGGGACCCUAUAACAGCAGCUUCCGUCACAGGGAGGCUGCCCUUGUCUGCCAAGGCUUUUCCCAGCUGGUCGGUGGCGAUGGAGCCUGUGCCGGGCGGCUGGAGGUGCGUCAGGGCCGGGCCUGGGUCGGUGUCUGUGAGGAUCAGGUGGACAUGAAGGUGGCCCAGGUGGUGUGCAGGGAGCUGGGCUGCGGUGAGGUGAUCGCCAUCCCCGGCAGUGGCCGUUUUGGGGCAGCGUCGGGAUCGCUCUGGGACGGGGGCUUCCAGUGCAAUGGCACCGAGCCCCUCCUCAGUGCCUGUGCCCGGGGUCCGCCCCACGGCCAGGCCUGCACCGGCCCUGGCGGCGUCAUCUGCUCCUCCUACACGGGCUUCCGCCUGGGGAACAGCAGCUCGGGAUGCUCCGGGCGAGUGGAGGUGGCAGUGAGGGGCACGUGGGGCUCCGUGUGCGCCAGCGAGUGGGACCUGCCCGAUGCGCACGUCCUGUGCCGCCAGCUGGGCUGCGGCCGCGCCUUCAGCGUGCCCCCGGGAGGCUCCUUCGGCAGCGGGGAGGGGCCGCUGCGGCCGGACGCCUUCGGCUGCAGCGGGAGCGAGCGGCACCCGGGCGAGUGCCCCGUGGCCGUGCUGGGCAAGCCCCCCUGUGCCCCUGGAAACGCCGCUGCCGUCAACUGCUCAGGCACUGUUGAGUCCCUGCGGCUGAUGGAGGGUGAGACCCGGUGCGAGGGGUUUCUGGAGUUGGCCACAAGUACUGGGCACUGGCGCCGUGUGCCCGGAGAGGUUUUGCUCCUACGGAAUUUGAGCAAUGUUUGCUGGAAGCUGGGCUGUGGAGGACUGGAGAAGAGUGGUGCUGUACUUGGUAAUGUGUCCAUGUGGGACCUCAACGAAGCACAGUGGGCCAUCAUGAAAGAAGUGAUUGAGACCAUCAAGGGGAUGACAACUGAUCUGACCACUAGGACCAUACCUGAGGGUUAUUUUUUCGGAAGUUACAAGAACAUGAAGACUGCACCAGCUGGCAUCUCUCAUGGGUUGGAUAUUGUCUGCUCAGGCAGCCUGCAGGUGAGGCUGGUGGGGAGCUCUGGGCGCUGUGCCGGGCGUGUGGAGGUCUAUUCCGGUGGCAGCUGGAGCUCGGUCUGCCAGGAAGGCUGGGAGCUGCAGGACGCGGCCGUUGUGUGCCGGGAGCUGGGCUGUGGCACGGCACUGGAAGUCCCGGGCUGGGCGCGGUUCGGUGCCGGCACGGGGCCGCUGUGGCCGUACGUGCCCGACUGCUCCGGCUCCGAGGAGUCUCUCUGGGAAUGCGGGCGCACGGAACGGCGCGAGUGCGGGCGCGGCGGCGGGGCGGGGGCCGUCUGCUCAGAGCAGCUCUCCGUGCGGCUGGCAGGAGGCCCUGGGAACUGCCGGGGGUUCCUGGAGCUGUUCUACAACGGCACCUGGGGCCGCGUGUGCGCCAGCGGCACCAGCCCCGGCACCGCCGCCGCCGUCUGCCGCCAGCUGGGCUGUGGGCACCGGGGCCGCCUCUCAGAUGUCCCCGCCCUGGAGCCGACCGACGCCUGGCUGGCCUGGCUGGGCUGUGAGGACGGGGCCCGCUCGCUCUGGGGCUGCCCCUCGGCACCCUGGCGCCUGCAGAGCUGUGGCAGCGGCGGGCACGCCCAUGUGGAGUGUGAGGGUGGCAGUGAUGGCACCACCGAGGGACACACCAGCCCAUAUCCGGAGGGUGCCAGCAGCACAGGUGUCCCCAGGAGAAGGGCCCCGGCGGUGGCCCUGGGGACUGUGCCUGUGCCCACGGUGCUGUGCGUGGUGCUGGGGACGCUGCUGUGCCUGUCCCUGGGUGCCCUGGCCCUGCUGCUGUGCCGUGCCCGUGCCCGGCGCCGAGGCCCUGGCCGAGCUGCAGAUGCCACCUCCAACGCUGUCUACGAGGAGCUGGAUUACAAAGCCAUGCCCGAGUACCAGGAGGUGCCCACUCCCCCAGGUGGGUGCAGCCCUUGUGUCCCAGCUGUGCCCGGAGUGAAGGCUCUGCCUGGCAGCCCCAGGGCAGCUGCGGCUCCUGGUGGCCCAGCAGCGGCUCCUGGCCAUGGGCUCUGGGUGUCCCUCGGUCCCAGAGCAGCCCUGCUCUGUAGUGUGAGGUUCUGUCACCGGCGGUGCCGCUCGAGGCCACCCCCAAGUCCCUGUUUAUGCCCUGCAGGUUCCCUGUUGGAGGGAUGGGUGAAGAAGCUGCCGUAUUCCAGCGGGGACAGCGUGGAGGGGAGUGACACCGAGGCAGCCCCAGAUCCCCCUGCCCGGCGCGAGCAAGGAACCCCGGAUGGCUACGACGAUGUCCUGGAUGUGCCCCAGGAGCCCCCCGCUGCCAGCAGUGGGGACAUCAGCGAGGGAGCGGCACGGCAGAGCUGGAUCUGUGUCCUCCCCACAGGUGAGAGGGCUCCCAGCUGCCCUGUCCCCUCUGCAGAGUCUCUCCAUGGCAGGCUGUGGCUGUGGGGGCGGGCAGGGCCCCAGCAGCAGAUCCGUGGGUGCUGUGGUCAGAGCCCAGGUGGGGUCCAUCAGGGGGACACGGAGCCGCCUGCCCCCUCGGGCACCUUUCUGUGCUGUCCCCAAGGUGGCAUCUACGACCCUCCAAAUCCCCCAGCAGCCACCGGGGACCCCUUGGAACAGCUCCCUGGACACAUGGACUAUGAUGAUGUCGGCAGCAGUGCCCUGGGGACGUUGCACCCCGCGCUGGCAGGGCAGCCGGGCCAUGGCCCCUGCCUGCGGCACCUCGUGCUCCAGGAGGUUCCCGAUGUUCAGGGCGGGCUGCAGGGUCCGGAGGGCGUCCAGCUCCUGCAGCAGGGCCUGGCUGAAGCCGUCCGUGCUCAGCCUGGCCGUGGAGGGGGCAGGAGAAGAGGAGAAGGUGUUGGAGCUCGUGGGGAGGGAGGCGCUGAGGCGGCCGCGGUGCCGCUGCGGCCCUGCCUGUCCCGCGGCCUCCGCUGCCCGGCUCGGGAAUGCCGGGCACGGAAGGGGCCGUGGCAGGGCCCCGACUCACCCCAGGCUCCUCAGCGGGCAGGCGGCAUGCCGGAGCUGCUGGCAGAGCUGCAGGACGCCCUGGGCUCGCAGCUCGUUGUCACUCAGGUCCAGGCAGGGCGCGCGUCUCUGAGCGGAGCAGCCCCGGACAGUGCCCGGUGCCGCAUCGCCGGCAGCGCGGGGGAUGGGGCAGGGCAGCUCCUCCCGCCGCCGCCCAGCGAGGCACCGGCACGUUGUGCCCCCAGCGGGGGUCAGUGGAGGCCGAGCAGAGAAGGGGCGUGGGUGCCCGCAGUGCAAGUGGAUGCCUGCGUUGGGAAUGCGCUGCCAGAGAGUGCGGUGAAGGGCGAGAGCGGGAAGUUUCCUGCAGGGCGCGGCAGGCGAGCUGCAGGGCCCGGAGCGGCGGGGCGGGGGUGGCGGAGCCGCGGCGUCGCCGGCGGCAGCGCAGGUGCCGGGAGGCGCGUGCGGUCGCUGGCGAGGCCGGGAGCCCCGGGCGGUGACCGCCUCCUUCCUGCGCUGGCGGCGAGGCGAGCGCGGGGCCACGGCUGCGGCAGCAGCGCCAUGUGCCAGCGCCGCGGCGAGGGACCGGGCAGCUGGCAGCUGGCAGCGCCGCGGAGAGCCGGGGGCUGCUGCCACCCGCCGCGGGGGCUCCGAGCAGCCGGGAGGGGAGCGCCCCGAGGGAGGGGGCUUUGGGCUUUGCAGGUGCCAGACCACGAGGUGGGCCCGCGUACGCUCUUGCUAGGAUGUGGGCUGCAGCCCUUGAUGCCCAUCAGGGUGGCUCUCGGCAGGCUGCAGCAGCACGUCGGAGGCCCGGGGGAUGCAGGAGGGGCCCCCGCAGGGCAGGUGCUGUGGGGGGGCUGUCUCCCCCCGGGCACAUCCGGGUGCCAGCCCCCUGUGGCGAGGUGUGUGACGGCAGAAGCGCAGGCGAGGCUCAUAUUUGGGCACGGAGCAGGUUAUUGGAGGCCGCGGCCCCGCCGCCGGGAGAUGAGGCGCCUGAUAAAGGCUGCUGCCCCGGUGCUGCUGCGCGCAGGGGCUCGGGCGCUGGCGAGAGGUGGCCCGGCUGCGCGGGCUCGGGGCCGGUGGCCAUGGGGCCGCUGCUGGCGCUGGGGCUGCUCGUGUGCGUGCGGCUGUGUGCGGGUGAGUGUCGGGCGGGCGGGAGCGGGGCCCGGGCGGCGGCGGGCCCGGCUCAGCAGCCUCCGUGCCGCAGGCUCCGGGCAGCUGCGUCUGGUGGGCGGCGGCGGGCGCUGUGCCGGGCGCGUGGAGGUGAAGCACGGCGGGGAGUGGGGCUCCGUGUGCGUCUUCGACUUCGACUGGGAAGCUCGCUGGGCCGCGGUGGUGUGCCGGCAGCUGGGCUGCGGCCGGGUGGCCAGGGCGUCCCUGCACGCCCCGUUCGGGCAGGGCAGCGGGCGGAUCUGGCUGCAGCCCUUCUGCAAUGGCACCGAGGAUGAGCUGGAGCAGUGUCCGCACGUCGGAUGGGGACGGCAUUUCUGCGGCCACGAGUGGGAUGUGGGGGUGACCUGCACAGAUGCCGUGGAGCUGAGGCUGGCGGGCGGCGGCAGUCCCUGUGCCGGGAGGGUGGAGGUGAAGCUGCAGGGACACUGGGGCUCGGUGGCAGACGACAGCUGGGACAUGGAGGACGCCGAGGUGGUUUGCCAGCAGCUGGGCUGUGGCUCGGCUUCCCGGGCCUACUCCAUCCUCAAGCCCUUUGGCGCAGGGGACGGGCUGGUCAGCCUGGCCCUGGUGGACUGCAGUGGAGACGAGGCCACGCUCUGGGACUGCAAGAUCCGUGGCUGGGGACCCUAUAACAGCAGCUUCCGUCACAGGGAGGCUGCCCUUGUCUGCCAAGGCUUUUCCCAGCUGGUCGGUGGCGAUGGAGCCUGUGCCGGGCGGCUGGAGGUGCGUCAGGGCCGGGCCUGGGUCGGUGUCUGUGAGGAUCAGGUGGACAUGAAGGUGGCCCAGGUGGUGUGCAGGGAGCUGGGCUGCGGUGAGGUGAUCGCCAUCCCCGGCAGUGGCCGUUUUGGGGCAGCGUCAGGAUCGCUCUGGGACGGGGGCUUCCAGUGCAAUGGCACCGAGCCCCUCCUCAGUGCCUGUGCCCGGGGUCCGCCCCACGGCCAGGCCUGCACCGGCCCUGGCGGCGUCAUCUGCUCCUCCUACACGGGCUUCCGCCUGGGGAACAGCAGCUCGGGAUGCUCCGGGAGAGUGGAGGUGGCAGUGAGGGGCACGUGGGGCUCCGUGUGCGCCAGCGAGUGGGACCUGCCCGAUGCGCACGUCCUGUGCCGCCAGCUGGGCUGCGGCCGCGCCUUCAGCGUGCCCCCGGGAGGCUCCUUCGGCAGCGGGGAGGGGCCGCUGCGGCCGGACGCCUUCGGCUGCAGCGGGAGCGAGCGGCACCCGGGCGAGUGCCCCGUGGCCGUGCUGGGCAAGCCCCCCUGUGCCCCUGGAAACGCCGCUGCCGUCAACUGCUCAGGUGUUGGCUUCCUGCCGUCCCUGCGGCUGGUGGAUGGUCAGAGCUUUUGUGAUGGGUGGCUGGAGGAGACCAUAACCAGCCCAGCCUGGCGCCGUGUGUCUCUGGAGCAGUGGAACUCAUGGGAUGUCUACACAGUAUGUGCCGUGCUGGGCUGUGGUCUUCCCAAGGGUGUUUACACUGCUUUGGGUACAGCUCCUGCAUUGAGCAGCAGCCCCAGCGAGGUGGACAUCAUGACUGAAGAGAUGGACAGCAUUUCGGGCAUGGGCUCUGCAGUGCCCAGCAGCCCUGAGGAGACGGAUGACCAGCUGGAGGAGAUGGGCAAUGUCUCAGGGAUGGGCUCUGCACCAAAUAGCAGCCUUGAGGAGAUGGUCAUAGUCUGCUCAGGCAGCCUGCAGGUGAGGCUGGUGGGGAGCUCUGGGCGCUGUGCCGGGCGUGUGGAGGUCUAUUCCGGUGGCAGCUGGAGCUCGGUCUGCCAGGAAGGCUGGGAGCUGCAGGACGCGGCCGUUGUGUGCCGGGAGCUGGGCUGUGGCACGGCACUGGAAGUCCCGAGCUGGGCGCGGUUCGGUGCCGGCACGGGGCCGCUGUGGCCGUACGUGCCCGACUGCUCCGGCUCCGAGGAGUCUCUCUGGGAAUGCGGGCGCACGGAACGGCGCGAGUGCGGGCGCGGCGGCGGGGCGGGGGCCGUCUGCUCAGAGCAGCUCUCCGUGCGGCUGGCAGGAGGCCCUGGGAACUGCCGGGGGUUCCUGGAGCUGUUCUACAACGGCACCUGGGGCCGCGUGUGCGCCAGCGGCACCAGCCCCGGCACCGCCGCCGCCGUCUGCCGCCAGCUGGGCUGUGGGCACCGGGGCCGCCUCUCAGAUGUCCCCGCCCUGGAGCCGACCGACGCCUGGCUGGCCUGGCUGGGCUGUGAGGACGGGGCCCGCUCGCUCUGGGGCUGCCCCUCGGCACCCUGGCGCCUGCAGAGCUGUGGCAGCGGCGGGCACGCCCAUGUGGAGUGUGAGGGUGUGAGGGUGGCAGUGAUGGCACCACCGAGGGACACACCAGCCCAUAUCCGGAGGGUGCCAGCAGCACAGGUAGCUGUGCCCAUGCCUGCAUCCCCCCAGCAGGCUGGCUGGGAUCCCCCUGCCCUCACUGCCUGCCCGUGUCCCCACAGGUGUCCCCAGGAGAAGGGCCCCGGCGGUGGCCGUGGGGACUGUGCCUGUGCCCACGGUGCUGUGCGUGGUGCUGGGGACGCUGCUGUGCCUGUCCCUGGGUGCCCUGGCCCUGCUGCUGUGCCGUGCCCGUGCCCGGCGCCGAGGCCCUGGCCGAGCUGCAGAUGCCGUCUCCAACGCUGUCUACGAGGAGCUGGAUUACAAAGCCAUGCCCGAGUACCAGGAGGUGCCCACUCCCCCAGGUGGGUGCAGCCCUUGUGUCCCAGCUGUGCCCGGAGUGAAGGCUCUGCCUGGCAGCCCCAGGGCAGCUGCGGCUCCUGGUGGCCCAGCAGCGGCUCCUGGCCAUGGGCUCUGGGUGUCCCUCGGUCCCAGAGCAGCCCUGCUCUGUAGUGUGAGGUUCUGUCACCGGCGGUGCCGCUCGAGGCCACCCCCAAGUCCCUGUUUAUGCCCUGCAGGUUCCCUGUUGGAGGGAUGGGUGAAGAAGCUGCCGUAUUCCAGCGGGGACAGCGUGGAGGGGAG